CUCAGAACCCAGCUAUAGACCUAAAAAAAUCCAUUUAAAGAGAAGAAGAGUGAGAGAUGCACCAUACGUUACAAUGAGUCUGGCUGUCCUUUUCUUACUGACCGCCUUAACAGUCUGUGUUCUGGCAGGUGUCGAACAGCAGAGACUCCAUGAUGAUGGUUGUGCUAAUUUGGAGGAGAAAAUGGACAAUAUUGUGGACCAAAUGAAGGAACUAAAAGAUAUCGUCAAAACGCAUAAACUGGUCAUCAGUAAAAUGAAAAUUCUAGAAGAGACGGUCAAAAAGCAAGCAGAGCUCAUUGAAAGUAUUCUUUCUGAGAAACAUCAGCGGGUGGCAGAGAAACAGUCCAUGAAAACAAGUGUCAAAAGCCAUCAAACGUUUCGCUCGCCAGAGGAUGACAUAUUGUCAACAGACGGUCUUGCAAAUGAGAAAGAUGCUUUGCAUCAGUCACCACAACUGGGAGAAGAAAUUCUUGGCAGUGAGAAACAAAAGCCUGGUGUCUUUGUUAGGUCUGAUGACAGUGACCCUCUGUUACCAGUGGUGACUCAGUUGACACAAAAGGUUAGCGAAGUCAGUGCCGGUCUGCAGGCUCUGAAGGACGAGGUAGAUACCAAUUUACAGGCUCUGAGAAACGAAGUCCGUGCAGGUCAGCGAGAAUUGAAAACCGAGGUUUCCGAAGCUUCCACUUCCGUCUUUGUGCGGUGGGGAAGUUCCUCCUGUCCAGAAUCUGCUGUCCUCGUCUACUCUGGUGAAGUGGGAGGGUCUAGUUAUACGGCCACAGGAGCAGCAGCCAACUACCUGUGUCUGCCCCUCUCUAACCUCACCUUGAUGAACAUCUCGGUAAGCACCUUCGCGCUGCUUUACGGAGGAGAGUACGAGACAGGUGACGAACACCAAGAAAAAGAUCCUCUAUGUGCCGUGUGUCGAUCGUCACGAGCCAAUAAUGUGAUGAUCCCGGCGACGACAGUUUGUCCGGCUGGCUGGACCUCGGAGUACAGCGGGUGGCUGAUGGGAGGAAAUCCACCGCACAACGCUGCCUCUGAAUUCAUCUGUGUAGACUUCUUGAUGGAGGAGCGAAUAGCCAGCGAGGAAAAUUUAAACGGCAAACUGUUGUUCUACACAAGCACCUUGUGUGGGAGCCUCCCAUGUCCUCCCUACGUUAGCGGAAAGAGGGUCACGUGUGUCGUCUGCUCCAAGUAGGAACAUGUGAAAGAAAUACAAAGUAUAACAUUCGAAAAUAGUCUUUACCAACACCAUGCCAACUUGUGCUGUCGACAUCGUUCAAUACAACCCUGCGCAUGCGUGUGUCGUUCGUUAGAGAAUCGUGUUUUAAUCGAGAAAAAUGAGAAAUUAAACCACUUCACAACAA